GCGAGAGGGCGGCCAGAUCAGCGAGAGGCGAGAGGGCUUCCUGAUCAGCUAGCGCGAUGUUUCUACAAGGAAUGGAAACGAUUUUGGUCGCGGCUGCUGUGGCCUGCGUGUCUGCCAGUCCGGCGCUGCGGCAGAGCUCCUGUGGGGGGCAGGUGACCCUACAAAACGGAGAAUCCACCUACUUCUCCUCGCCUAACUACCCCUUCCCUUACCCCAACGGCAUAACCUGCCUGUACCUCGCCCAGUCUCCGCCGGGGACCACCAUCACGAUGACCUGCCCCUCCUUCGACGUGGCCCCUGCAAAGGACUGCGCGGUGGACGUGUUCUACGCCUCGCCGUCCGGAAACCGCUACAUGUCGGACGCUCGCUAUUUCUGCGGCUCCGGCGUCGUGGGCAUCACAACCAACGACAACGCCUUCGCUGCCUACUUCUUUUCUCGACCCAAAUUUCAAUUCAACUUUCAUCGGGGAUUUAGUUGUGUCCUGACUGUAGGGCCUAAAGACCAGGGCUCGGCGCAGACCACGACCCUCCCGCCACCGCCUCCGACGACCACCAUCCGCGGUCCAAAGCCUACGACCUCCUUCCCUGAAACUACUAACCCGCCGAGCGACUGCGAGUGUGGGCGUCGCAGCGGCUCGAGGAUUGUGGGCGGGGAGGAAGCCACGCCCAACGAGUGGCCAUGGCAGGCGGCUCUUCGCUUCGUUUCCAACGGCGAAGUCUUCUGCGGCGCGUCCCUCGUGCUGGACAGCUGGUUGGUGACUGCCAGCCACUGCGUCGAGCAGUUCAACAAGAAGGACAUCUUCGUCAGCUUGGGCGACCACGUCUACAACCAGAACGCGGACACGCAGUACGAGCAGCACAUAACCAUCCAGGAAAUAAUCAUGCACGAAGAGUACGACCCGCUUACCGUCGACAACGACAUCGCCCUCCUCCGGCUGAGCGGCCCCGUCCAGUACAGCCCCGGCAUCGGCCCCGUCUGCCUGCCCUUCCAGUUCGCCGAGAGGGACUUCCAGGGCGAGAACGCGACCGUGACGGGCUGGGGCACCGACGUCUUCCAGGGCGAGGUCAACGAGGCGCUGCACGAGGUGGAGCUGCCCGUCAUCUCCGAGGCCGAGUGCAAGGGCUUCCUCCACGGGGCCAUCACCAGCAACAUGAUGUGCACGUACGACCCGGGCCACGACGCCUGCCAGGGAGACUCGGGCGGACCGCUCGUAUGGGAGUGGCAGGGGCGGCACUACCUGGUGGGCGUGGUGUCCUGGGGGAGGUCCUGCGCCGAAGUGGGCCUGCCGGGAGUGUACGCGAAGGUCACCAACUACCUGGAGUGGAUAGAAGCGAAGACGGGCGGAGGGUUUUGCCAUCCCUGAGUCUCCGUCGUCAUAGAGAUGUCGAAGCAGAGUUAAGAGGAAAAAAUAUUAAGAAGCAUUAUGGGUUUCAGUUGCACCGAAUGUUACAUCUCAAUGACAAUAAAGCGUUAUUUUUCUUUGAA